AUGCCAUCACAGAAGGUUGGUGAGCCUAUACCUUUGAAUACCACACAUGCUGUUUCUGUAACUUUACCUACAUGGGAAGCUACCGUUGGUUACGAAGAAGGGCAAGAAUGGGUCACGAGUCAAAUGAACUCUGGCUACCCAAGAUUUUUUAUCCAUUCAGUAAUACAAGAACUAGAAAAGCAGAUAAUUAAUAAGUAUGGUAGAGAUGGUGAAAGAUGCUUGAUAUUUCCCUCCUACAAGGCUGCAAAAAGAUGUAGAGAAUUCAUCAAAUCCCAUAGUGAUAAGGAAUCAGUGCAGGUUCGUAUACUUCAACUAUCAACCCCAGCUCCAAAGACAGAGGAAGAAAAGUCAUAUUUAACUGAAGCUACCAUUGCAGCUUGUCUUUUUCCAGCUAGUGAGUUUUCUUUGGCCAAAAACUAUUGGCAGCACUCUGGCGAAGGUAUAAGUUCUAGGUUGGGAGAAUACUGUUUAAGGGAACUUUUCAUAAAAGACAAAGACGAAAAUAUUGAUCCUUCCUCAAAGCUUUUGGCUAAUUCUAAUUUAAAACAAGAAAUUCAAGCCCAGGCCAUCCAGAAGAAGUCUCCUUCAAUAUCUUUUAAAACUUCAAACUCUGACGAAACGUUUUAUGAGAGCGAAUCCUAUAUCGAUGAAAAGUUCGGUCGAAUUUUGGAUCUUAAAUUUGCAGAUCAAGCUAAAGCUGCCUUGAGGAAACGUAUUUGUGGGAAUGUUGAAGAUUCUGCGGGAGAAGCUAAUUCUGAAAGAAGUGGUCAUUUAGAUCCGUCAGACGUUUAUCUUUAUCCUUCAGGUAUGGCUUCAAUUUUCCAUGCGCAUAACACUUUAUUGCACGUUUUAUCCCCAAAAAAGUCGGUUUGUUUUGGUUUUCCUUAUGUAGAUACCUUGAAUAUAUUGAAAAAGUUUGGUCCUGGUGUUCAUUUCCUCGGUCUUGGUGAUGACAAGUCUUUGGAUGAGUUGGAGGAUAACUUGGUUAACGGCAAAGUUGACAUAAUGGCACUUUUCUGCGAAUGUCCUUCAAAUCCUUUGCUCAAAACUCCGAAUUUGAAAAGGAUUAGGAAAUUGGCCGAUCAAUAUGAUUUCGCAGUUGUUGUUGAUGAGACAAUAGGUAAUUUUUUAAACAUUCAUGUUUUACCAUAUUCCGAUAUUGUGGCUUCGUCUCUUACCAAGGUUUUUUCUGGUGAUUCCAAUGUUAUGGGUGGUUCCUUGAUAUUAAACCCCCAGUCUCGAUAUUACAACAAAGUUAAAAAGUAUUUUGAUGAAGAAUAUGAAGAUCUCUUUUGGGCGAUGGAUGCCUUACAUUUAGAAAGAAACUCCCGAGAUUUUGUCGAGAGAUCAGCUAAAAUUAAUGAUACCACUGCAGCAGUCGUUGACAUGCUUACCCUGUCGCCGUUGAUAGCAAAGGUAUAUUAUCCUCGGCUCGACAGCACAAAGAAAUAUUAUGAUGAAGUUAAGACAAAACAUGGUGGUUAUGGUGGUUUAAUUUCAUUUUUGUUUAAAGAUCCAAGUGAUGCAGUUUGCUUUUUUAAUGCGGUGAAUAUAUAUAAAGGACCAUCGUUGGGUACAAAUUUCACACUAGCUUCUCCGUACGCAAUACUCGCUCACUAUCAGGAGUUAGACGAGAUAGCAAAGUGGGACGUGGACAGAAAUCUAAUUCGUGUUAGUGUAGGGCUAGAGGAUAAAGAUGAACUACUUGGUGUUUUCGAAAAAGCUCUUUCAGUAGCCAAAUCAAACCAUAACUAG